CUCUGGUCAGCCCCCAGCCUGGCUCGGCUCUGCGAGCCCUGGGGGCCGACGCCGCUCUCUGCCUGUUUUGCCAUGCUCCCGCCGCCCUCUGCUCUCCUGCUCCUGCUGCUUCUGCUGCUCGGGGUCAGGCCCUCCUGGGGGUCCUAUGAGCCCCCGCUUCCAGCAGUGGUCAUCGCGAUGUUGGCUCGCAACGCCGGAUAUUCCCUGCCGCACUAUCUCGGGGCUCUGGAGCGGCUGGACUACCCCCGGGCCCGCCUUGCCCUCUGGUGUGCCACCGACCAUAAUGUGGACAAUACGACGGAGAUUCUUCAGGAGUGGCUAGCUGCUGUGGGCAAGGACUAUGCAGAAGUGGUGUGGCGACCUGAAGGCGAGCCAAGGUUGUACCCAGAUGAAGAGAGUCCCAAACAGUGGACCAAGGAACGCCACCAGUUCCUCAUGGAGCUGAAACAAGAAGCCCUGGACUUUGCCCGAGCUUGGGGAGCUGACUAUAUCCUGUUUGCAGACACUGACAACAUCCUAACCAACAACCAAACCUUGAAGUUCCUGAUUGGGGAGGGUCUGCCAGUGGUGGCCCCUAUGCUGGACUCCCAGACUUAUUACUCCAACUUCUGGUGUGACAUCACACCACAGGGCUAUUACCGACGUACACCAGAUUACUUCCCUACCAAGAAUCGGCAGCGUCAGGGCUGUUUCCAAGUGCCCAUGGUACAUUCUACCUUUCUGCUAGCCCUUUGGGGCAAGGGAGUUGACCAACUGGCUUUCUAUCCCCCCCAUCCCAACUAUACAUGGCCCUUUGAUGACAUUAUUGUCUUUGCCUAUUCUUGCCAGGCUGCAGGUGUCUCGGUCCACAUUUGCAACCAGCAUCGCUUUGGAUACAUGAAUGUUCCAGUCAAAUCACAUCAGCGGCUAGAGGAUGAGAAAGUCAACUUUGUCCACCUAAUCUUGGAGGCCCUGGCGGAUGGCCCGCCUAUGCAGCCUUCAGCCCAUGUGUUCCUGCCCCCGAAAAGGCCCAACAAGAUGGGGUUUGAUGAGGUUUUUGUCAUCAGCCUAGCCCGUCGGCCUGAACGCCGAGAACGGAUGCUAAGAUCCCUGUGGGAGAUGGAGAUUGCUGGACGGGUACUGGAAGCUGUGGAUGGCAGUGCACUCAACAGCAGCACCAUCAAAAGCCUGGGUGUGGACCUUCUCCCUGGCUACUAUGACCCCUACUCUGGCCGCACACUCACCAAGGGAGAGGUGGGCUGCUUCCUCAGCCACUACGCCAUCUGGGAGGAGAUGGUCACCCGGGGUCUGGAACAGGUCGUGGUGUUUGAGGAUGAUGUGCGCUUUGAAGCCAGCUUCAGGCAGCGGCUGGAGCGGCUGAUGGAGGAGGUGUCUCAGGAGCAGCUGCAGUGGGACCUGAUUUACCUAGGGCGCAAGCAAGUUACCUGGGAGGAGGAGCCAGCUGUGGAAGGGGUGCGCCACCUCGUGGUAGCCAACUACUCCUACUGGACUCUAGCCUACACUCUGUCCCUGAGCGGGGCUCGAAAGCUGGUGGAAGCCCAGCCUCUGGGCAGGAUGCUGCCUGUGGAUGAAUUCCUGCCCAUCAUGUAUGACCGGCACCCCAAUGAAGACUACAAGAAGCACUUCUCCCGCCGGGACCUGAGAGCCUUUGCUGUGAGGCCCCUGCUCGCUUUUCCCACCCACUAUGCAGGGGAUGCUCAGUGGCUGAGCGACACAGAGACAUCUACCAUCUGGGAUAACGAUGCUCAGGCCACCGGUUGGAGUGGUUCUCGAAAGACCCUAAGGGACCCGAGGUUGGACAGGGUGGGCAGCAGUGGGCCCAGUUUCCAUUCCACUUCUCAUGAUGAGCUCUAGUGUUGAAGGGGUUUGUCUGUGGAUCAACGAAUAAACCUCAGCAAGCAGAGGAGAAACAAGGAUCUCCAGCCAGGAGCCAGGAGUAGCCAGAAGAAACCCUUCUAGCUUCCCUAGGUCCAGUGGAGAGAUCGCUGCCGCUCAUUUUGGUGUUUCCUUAUCUGAGUCAAAAACAGGGCCAUUACCACUGUGAUUUCCCCACUCCUCUUCCCCAAAACAACAACACACCACUCCCCCUCUCCACAAAGGUGCUAAGGCAAGGGGCUACUAGCCACCUGACAGCUCAGUUUUGUAGGCCCUAAGAUUCUCUCUCUCAAGGUCAUAGACACACCACUUUAGUCUCAAAUGGUCUGGGAUCUGUUCAAUAGUGUAUAUGGAAGGAGGGAGGAGACCCUAGAAUUUUUGCCUGACCUGCUUAAACCUAGAGCUGUUCCCUUUAUCUCUCUCACCCUGUCUCCAUCCUGAAUCCCUCUUUCUCUGAAGCCAGGACUAAGGAAAGGAACAGGAUUUGGAAAUCUCCCAAGCUGAAGAGGAGGAGACAGAAAAAAAACAAGAACUAGGAAUCUGAGGUUGGCAACUGAGGUCCCCACUACCACUAGGCACCAGGAUGAAACACUCACUGAUCCUAUCACCCCUGAUCAGGAGGUUAUCAGCAGUAACAAGACUGAAUGACCUCUGUAGCUAUCUGUACCCAAAGCCUGGGGAACCCUCUCCACCCCCUUUCUUUAGCUCCUUCUGGAGGCUGUUGCUGACGUAGGAUGAAUUAGGUGCCUAAGGUGCCAGUCCCAGGAAGACAGAGAAGGAUCCAGUCCAAACCUGAUGUCUUGUAAUAAAUAAAUAUUUGGUUUGCACUUUAAA